UUACAAAAGACGGUGAAAGAGUGGCCGGAGCUGCUACGGAAACGUAACAGGGAGAGAUUGAGAAGAGAUGGGUUCUAGAGAUAAGGAUCCAACGGCGCCUCACCAACCGCUUUUAAGCAGCCUCGUUGUCCGUCCUACGGAUAGUGGUGGCGGUGGUGGUGGUAGUGAUUACGAGCCCGGCGAAGUUCGCCGCGAUCCACCUCCGUAUUCUCGCUCUGAUCGAUUUCCUGACAAUAGCCAUGGGUAUAGAAUGCGUGCAGGUUCUACUUCUCCUGUUCGUCGUCGAAAUGGAAGUCACCACUACAGUCCUGACUAUGAUCAUUCGGAUGGCCCACCUCGCAACCGUGGAUUUGGGAGAGGGAGAGAGUCUGGUAGGUAUCGAGAUUAUUCACCUCCUUAUGGUCGUGGGAGGUUUGGUGGUGGUAGGUUUACUGGGAGAGGGUUUGAUGGCCCUGGAAUGGGCCCCGGUUUCAGAGGUGAUGUCGUACCUAGAAAUAACCCAAAUGUCCGUCCAAGAGAGGGAGAUUGGAUGUGCACAGACCCCACAUGCAACAAUCUGAACUUUGCAAGGCGCGAGUACUGUAACAACUGCAACAGGUCCCGUUAUGCACCUCCUGGGAGUCCUAGGAGGGGCUACCCAGGCCCACCUCUGAUGGCUCGACGUUUCCCUGGACCGCCACUGGACCGGUCACCCGGAAGAUCCUUCAACGGCUACAGGUCUCCUCCACGAGCUUUUGGACGCGACGGUCCUAGAGACUUUGGCAUCGUGGGUCCUCUUCAUCACCCCAGGCACGAAGGGCGGUUUCCCAGGGAUCAUCAUAGGCCCGACUACUUUGAAGAUGAGUUGAGAGAGAGGAACAGGUUUGAUAGGCCAAUGGCACCACUGGAUUGGGGAAGAGACAGAAAAGGGUACGACAGACGGCCACCACUAUCUCCACCUGGACCACCACCACCUGGACCACCUCAGGUGGGUCGUGGUGGUGGACGAUGGGUUCAUGACGAGAGAGAACGGAGCAGAUCUCCAAUUCGGGGUGGACCACCACCUCCUAAGGAUUAUAGACGAGAUGGUUACAUGGAAAGGGGACGAGAUGACCGAAGGGGCAUGGGUCGUGAUCCGUAUUAGAUAGGUUUGUACAUCCAAGCUGGUAUGGGUCGUUUCGUUAGGGAUUGUGGUUGUGUACUUGUUGGAAUUUUGUGCACUGGGAUUAGGUAAUUGGCAUGUUUUGGUACUUGCAUUACAUUUUAGCUUCAGAACCAUGUCUUUAUGUGAAGAACGUGGUGCUGUGUAGCUCACGUGAGACAUCGGCCUUUUUGUUUUUAGAAUUUUAACUAUUUAGGUUUGCAUAUUGGCUUGUGGAGCGCAAAAGGGCUCGGGCUUAGGAUUAGACAUGGCAAAAGGGCUCGGGCUCGGGCUCGGGCUCCACUCGGACCGGUUCAUUAAGAUGGGUCAAAAAGGUCCGGCUAGGUUCCUAGGUUGGAUUUUGUGUGAUACACUCUUUCACAUUUGGUGAAAUUUUAACCUUUGAUCU